ACCUCGGCUUGGUCUCCUACUCUCCGUCCCUUGCCAUGGAGACCGUCACAGGCUUCCCCGCGUGGGCUUCCAUCAUCGUCAUGGGAGUAAUUUGCACGAUUUACUCCUCCUGGGGAGGCGUGCGGGCGGGUGGUGUACACAGACAUCCUCCAGACCUUCGUGAUGUUCGUGGGCGUCAUCGUGAUCAUUGUCAACGCCACAGUGGAGGCGGGCGGACUCGCCAGCGUGUGGAGCAUCGCGGACGAGCACGGGAGAGUGGAGUGGUGGAACGUGAACCCCGACCCGCUUCAGCGCCACAGCCUCUGGACGGUGACGGUGCAGGGUUACUUCUUCUCCCUCCUCGUCUUCGGGAUGGGUCAGCCGCAGGUGCAGAGGAUAUGCUCGGUGGAGACGUGGAACAAGGCCAUUUUCGCCCACUACCUCAACAUGGUAGCCAACAUCACCGUCUUCUGCUGCGUCAACUUCCUGGGCAUCGCCGUCUAUGCCGUGUAUGCCAGCUGCGACCCCAUGGCCACCGGGGAGAUCUCGAAGCCCGACGAAAUUGUUCCACAUUAUGUGAUCGAUCGCCUGUCGUAUCUGCAGGGGAUUCCCGGGCUGUUCAUCGCCUCUCUCUACGCCGGCGGACUCAGCUCCUACUCGUCCCAGAUCAACGCCGUGACAGCUGUCAUGUGGGAGGAUUUCUUCAAGAACUCGCAGUGGGUUGCCAACAUGGCGGAUAACAGGAAGCCUCUGGUUAAUGUUCUCGUCAGUGUCAUCACAGGCCUGGCGGGUAUUCUAGCAGGUGUGAUAGCCUCUCAAAUGGGCGGACUAUUUCAAGUGGGCCAGACUAUCCUCGGGACUAUCCACGCCCCCCUCCUCGGCCUAUUCAUCUUGGGCAUGUGCUGUCCCUUUGCCAAUAAGAUCGGUGGCAUAGUAGGAUUCAGCGCCUCCCUCCUGUUCAACCUAUGGGUGACAAUCGGCGCUAUGUUGUACGGGAGAGCCACGCCCUUUUUGGAAUUCUCUGACGAAGGGUGCAACGCCACGACCCCCUUUGACCUCACAACAACGA